AUGGCGGCACUAACCUGGCAGCUGGUCACACUGCAGCAGGCCAGGGAGGCCACAGUAGCAAGAGUCUCCGUCCACAGGCUGGACACACUGCAGCAGGCCAGGGAGGCCACAGUAGCAGGAGUCUCCCUCCACAGGCUGGUCACACUGCAGCAGGCCAGGGAGGCCACAGUAGCAGGAGUCUCCGUCCACAGGCUGGUCACACUGCAGCAGGCCAGGGAGGCCACAGUAGCAGGAGUCUCCGUCCACAGGCUGGUCACACUGCAGCAGGCCAGGGAGGCCACAGUAGCAGGAGUCUCCGUCCACAGGCUGGUCACACUGCAGCAGGCCAGGGAGGCCACAGUAGCAGGAGUCUCCGUCCACAGGCUGGUCACACUGCAGCAGGCCAGGGAGGCCACAGUAGCAGGAGUCUCCGUCCACAGGCUGGACACACUGCAGCAGGCCAGGGAGGCCACAGUAGCAGGAGUCUCCCUCCACAGGCUGGUCACACUGCAGCAGGCCAGGGAGGCCACAGUAGCAGGAGUCUCCGUCCACAGGCUGGUCACACUGCAGCAGGCCAGGGAGGCCACAGUAGCAGGAGUCUCCGUCCACAGGCUGGUCACACUGCAGCAGACCAGGGAGGCCACAGUAGCAGGAGUCUCCGUCCACAGGCUGGUCACACUGCAGCAGGCCAGGGAGGCCACAGUAGCAGGAGUCUCCCUCCACAGGCUGGUCACACUGCAGCAGGCCAGGGAGGCCACAGUAGCAGGAGUCUCCCUCCACAGGCUGGACACACUGCAGCAGGCAAGGGAGGCCACAGUAGCAGGAGUCUCCCUCCACAGGCUGGUCACACUGCAGCAGGCCAGGGAGGCCACAGUAGCAGGAGUCUCCCUCCACAGGCUGGACACACUGCAGCAGGCCAGGGAGGCCUACACGUGGAGACCAACGCAAUUCACGACAACACCUGAAGGUUAUACAGCAACACCUGAAGGUUAUACAGCAACAACUGCAGAGUCCACAACAACACCUGAAGGUUAUACAGUAACAACUGCAGAGUCCACAACAACACCUGAAGGUUAUACAGCAACACCUGAAGGUUAUACAGCAACACCUGCAGAGUCCACAACAACACCUGAAGGUUAUACAGCAACACCUGAAGGUUAUACAGCAACAACUGCAGAGUCCACAACAACACCUGAAGGUUAUACAGUAACAACUGCAGAGUCCACAACAACACCUGAAGGUUAUACAGUAACAACUGCAGAGUCCACAACAACACCUGAAGGUUGUACAGUAACAACUGCAGAGUCCACAACAACACCUGAAGGUUGUACAGUAACACCUGCAGAGUCCACAACAACACCUGAAGGUUGUACAGUAACACCUGCAGAGUCCACAACAACACCUGAAGGUUAUACAGCAACACCUGCAGAGUCCACAACAACACCUGAAGGUUGUACAGUAACAACUGCAGAGUCCACAACAACACCUGAAGGUUGUACAGCAACACCUGCAGAGUCCACAACAACACCUGAUGGUUAUACAGCAACACCUGCAGAGUCCACAACAACACCUGAAGGUUGUACAGUAACAACUGCAGAGUCCACAACAACACCUGAAGGUUGUACAGUAACACCUGCAGAGUCCACAACAACACCUGAAGGUUGUACAGUAACAACUGCAGAGUCCACACCAACACCUGAAGGUUGUACAGCAACACCUGCAGAGUCCACACCAACACCUGAAGGUUGUACAGUAACAACUGCAGAGUCCACACCAACACCUGAAGGUUAUACAGCAACACCUGCAGAGUCCACAACAACACCUGAAGGUUGUACAGCAACACCUGCAGAGUCCACAACAACACCUGAAGGUUGUACAGCAACAACUGCAGAGUCCACAACAACACCUGAAGGUUGUACAGUAACAACUGCAGAGUACACACCAACACCUGAAGGUUGUACAGCAACACCUGCAGAGUCCACAACAACACCUGAAGGUUGUACAGCAACAACUGCAGAGUUCACAACAACACCUUCAAGGACCAAAACACCACAUUAA